AUGCGGUGGAAAUCUAGUCCGAUUAGCACUCAACUAGAUUCGCAAUACCCGGGCGUUAUAGAGAAGGAAUUUGAACGAUGCAGAACUUUCAGAGGGCAAUUUGAUGGAAAUCUCGAGCAAAACCUCAAAACUCAUGAGAUCCCAGAAGAGAUUGCCUAG